AUGCCGGACAACGCCCCGAGAAGCUGGUUCGCCGUCCCGGCCCCCGUCGCCGCCCUCUUCCGACGCUUCCCCCUCGCCGUCUACCCUGCCAACGACCUACCCCUCCGCAGUCCCUCCCGCGGCGACACGCCGACACUAUACGUCUUCAUCGCGGACGACGAUGCCCCGAGGGGCCGACCGAGCUUCAACCCCUCGUGUCUAAAGUGGCAGGUUCGUUUCGAUGUCUUCCUCCUCUUCCCUGGCGACAUGCCCGCCACCUUUCUCAAAAUCGCCGGCGUAGACUUCCACAUCGCCCCCUCAACAAACCACGCCUCCCCCUCCGGCGCCCUCCCCUACCUCCUCCCGCCCUCCCCUCUCCGCCCCAUCGCCGGCCCCUCGAAACUCGAAUCCUACGCCCUAGAAAACACAACCCUCAAGAGGCUGCCCGUGCUCUCCUCCUCCUUCUCGACCUCCUCCGCGCCCGACGCGGAGCUCAAGGCCCGCGAACAAGCCUACCAGUCCUUACUGGACCACCGCCUCCGCGCCGCCUGGCUAUACGCCCUUUACCUCGCCCCCGCCAACGCGGACCUCCUGUCGCGACUCUACAUCGAGCCGGCGUCAAAGAACCCCGUCGUCAGGCUGACGCUCGCGCACCAGGUCCGCGCGGCGGCCGAGGCUGAGGUGUUGAAGGUGACGAGGAGCGCGGUGGUGGAUGUGAAGAGGGUACACGCUGACGCGCGCGCCGCGUUUGAGGCUCUUGCUGCGUUGCUGGAGGAGAACGGCAGCAGUCGAAGUAGUAGUCACUCAGAAAAGGGGGGGGAGGGUGGUGGUGGUGAGUGGUUCUUUGGCUGCGAGGGCCCGACGCUGUUUGACGCGUCUGUCUUCUCGUACACGCAGCUGCUGCUCGACGAGGAGUUUGGCUGGGUGGACGAGUCGCUGUCGGAGAUUCUGCGCGAGUUUCCUGCUCUUGUGAGGCAUCGCGAGAGGUUGCUGGAGAGGUGCUUUCCUGAUAGCGAGGAGGGGGUCUUGGUAUGA